CCGGUGGGUCUUUCUCCGUUCUACACAUCCAACAUCAUGUCUGCAUCGUUGGCACCAGAGUGUAACGAGGUCAAGGAAAAAUAUGACAACUGCUUCCUGAAGUGGUAUAGCGAGAAGUUUUUGAGAGGCACUUCAACUUCAGAUGAAUGCAAGCCCAUGUUUGACCAGUAUGAGAAGUGUCUAUCAAAAGCCCUGUCAGAACGAGGCAUCGACAAGAUGCUGAACGAGGUCCGACAAGACAACAAAGAGAACGAUGCAGAGCACAUGAAACCGGUCAGUCGAUCUCUUCAGUCCACAUGGGUCAAAGCUAAACUAUCGCUAUAGAGUCGGUAACCUCCUUCCGAACAUUCACUGAGGAGCUACGACUGUAUAUUACGCAUUUUGACACUCCAAAGCGAAUGCCGAAGCCUGUCACGUCUGUACUAUAUCCUUGCAUAAUAUUUCUUGACUUCCGUAUGUUCGUAUUGUCAAGUCCAUAGGUUCACGUUCAAGUUUCAAGAUUGGCCACCCUUCACUGGGCUUUCUGCGUUGUCGAGUCGUUUUGCAGAAGACUGCCACCAUCAACUUUGAUAUAUGC